AUGUUGAAAGGUGGGGAAGAGAGGAUUGUGAAGGCCAUGGAAGAAGGAUUUUCUGGAAUUAAUUUAACGGUAGUGACAAAGCUGGAGGCUAUGAACUGGACGAUGGAUAAACGUGAGAAGAACCAGCGAGUUUUGAAGAAAAAGGCUAAGAAAAUAGAAGACAGGUUGACUUCUAUUGAAAGCAAGGGAAAUGAGGAUGAGGAAAAUAGACAGUGGAAUGAUUUUGAUUAUGGUAGAGAUCAUGGGAAGGAUAGAGAGAUGGCUGAGGCAGAGAAGGAUAAAGAGAAGGCUGAGACAUGGAAGAAAAACAGUGAGAAGGGUGAGGAAGACGAGGAAAACAGUGGGAAAGAUGAGGAAGACGAGGAAAAUAGUGAGAAGGGUGAAGAAGAGGAAGAGCAAGAACCUGAAAAAGACAAAGAAAACAGUGACUCUGUUGAGAAAGGCGAAGAAAACGUGGAGGAAUCAGAUGAAGAAGAUUCUCUGUUAAGGCUUCAAGAAAGAGUGAGAGUACAAGCGGAAGAAUUUUGGAGGACAAUUGAUGAUGAGUCUGGCGCUGAGAAAGAGGCUGAGAAAGAGGCUGAGGAAGAGGGUGAGAAAGAGGGUGAGAAAGAAGUUCAAGAAGAGAAAGAGGCUGAGAAAGAAGAAUCCAAGGGAACUCCUACCUCUACCGGAGUAAUAAUCAUUACACCACAUGGUAGAACUAAGGCAGCAGCUGCGAGGAAAGCUAUUCAGACUGAGAUUGCUGAGCUAGCUGAGAAAGAGGCUGAGGUAGAAGCUAUUCAGACAGAGCAAGAAGCUAUUCAGACUGAGAUUGCUGAGCUAGCUGAGAAAGAGGCUGAGGUAGAAGCUAUUCAGACAGAGCAAGAAGCUAUUCAGACUGCGAUUGUUGAGAAAGAGGCUGAGGUUACUGAGAAAGAUGCUGAGGUAGCUGAGAAAGAGGAUCAAGAUGUGGAUGAAGAGGAGGAAAAAGCAGAGGAAAGUGACAAGAAUCCUAAUGUCGAUCAAGAUAUGGAGGAAGAGGAGGAAAAAGCAGAGGAAAGUGAAGAUAAUCCUGUGGAGAGUCCCUCUGAGAAACAGACUGAGCUAGCUGAGAAGUCAGUUGAGGUAGAAGUAAAGACUAAGCGCAAGCCUAGGGUCAAUGUCAUUGCAGUGCCGUAUGGCAUUCCUAGAGCUGAGAGACUAGCAAAAAUGAGAGCUGAAGCUGAAAAAAAGAAAGCUAAAGCUGAGAGACUAGCAAAAAUGAGAGCUGAAGCUGAAAAAAAGAAAGUUAAAGCUGAUGGUGCACCUAAGAAGAAAGGCAGGCCGAAGAAGACUGAUGUUACAUUGAAGCCAUGUACACCGCUGCCGGAGAAGAGAAAAGGUGAACCAUCACGGUGGAUGCAGUCUCCUUUCACUGAAGGAAAGACUGAUGAGCUAGAAGUGCCAAAGAAGAAGCUUAAAACAAAAACCUAA